UCAUACCGCAGCAAUCAUUUAGUGGAUGUUCAAACCAUUUUCGCUUUGGAAUCCACGGCAACGAACAUUUAAAAGCAUUUCUUGCCCUAGCUCUUAAACCAUUCUAUAGGCGUACCGUAAAAGAUGUAUUUCACUUUGCAGUUCUUUGCGUUAAUAUUCUCCGUUUGUGCUUUUACCAUUGUCCAAAAAGAUGUCAUUCCUCAAACGUUUGAAAUCCAACCUCAUGAUGUUCUGGAAGAUGGCUUCAAUUAUGCGGGUAGUGGUUGUAAAAAUGGUCGAUGGGUAACAGACUCCCGAGGUAACAGGAAAUGCAUGUGCAAACCAGGAUAUGCACCCCAAGGAGAACUUGAAUGCAAACCUUGCAACUGUGGCAGGAGAGGAAAAUGUAUUUUCAUCGAAACCGCUUUGCAAGACGAUGGUUAUAAGAAGAAAUGCAUUUGCGACAAGGGAUUUGCUGAGAAAGAUGGCGUUUGCAUAGACUGCAAGUGUGGACAGCAUAGUCUUUGCGAAUUUGAAUACAGUCAAAAAGUAUGUUACUGUGAGGACGGCUACGCAGUCAAGAAUGGAAAAUGUGAAGAAUGCGAUUGCGGUGAUGGCGGCACAUGCGAAUUUGUUUAUGGAGAGAAGAACUGUACCUGCUUCGAUGGCUACCUUGAAUACGGAGGAGAAUGCAAAGAAUGCGAUUGUGGAGAUUUUGGAACUUGUCAGUUUAAAGACGGUAUGAAGAUAUGUUCCUGUUUUCUGGGAUAUAAUGAAAACGAUGGCAUAUGCGAAGAGUGUGACUGCGGCGAAAAAGGAAAAUGCACGUUUCAUGAAGGAAAAAAAUUGUGCACAUGCUACCAUGGUUAUGCUGAAAAUGAUGGAAAAUGUGAAAAAUGCAGUUGUGGUGAGAACGGGGAAUGUACGUUUUAUCACGGAGAAAAAAUGUGUAAAUGCCAUGACCAUUACAUUGAAAAUAAUGGGAAAUGUGAAGUUUGUGAUUGUGGAGAACACGGCCAGUGCUACUUUGAAAAAGGAAAUAAGGUGUGCUCCUGUGAAGAUGGUUUUGUUGAAAGCAAUGGAAAAUGCAUAGUGUGCGAUUGCGGCGACAAAGGAGAAUGUGCGUUUCUUGAUGGAAACAAAUCGUGCAAAUGCAACCAUGGUUACGCCGAAAAUGAUGGAAAAUGUGAAAAAUGCAAUUGUGGUGAAAAUGGGGAAUGCACGUUUUAUAACGGAAAAAAGAGGUGCAAAUGCCGCGACCAUUACAUUGAAAAUAAUGGAAAAUGUGAAGAAUGCUAUUGUGGUGACAAUGGAGAAUGCCAAAUUCUUGAUGAGAAAAAGUCGUGCACAUGCCACCAGGAUUACGCUGAAAAAGAUGGAAAAUGUGAGGUUUGCAAUUGUGGAGAUUAUGGCAAAUGCCACUUUGGCGAAGCAGGGAAUAAAAUGUGCUACUGUCAAGACGGUUUUGUUGAAAACUAUGGAAAAUGUAUAG